AUGGAGUAUCUACGCUCACUUUUCUUCACGCCAGAUGUGGCCUUUUCGCGAGAGCGUGUGCGCAACGAGAUUGCACGUGGGAAUCUCUCCACAGCAAGGCUGCAAUGCAAGAACGAAGAGGAGGCCCACGCGGCUGAGGUCAAACGGCUAGAUGAUGAGUUGCGGGAGAAACGGGAGUCGUUUGCGGCGGCCGCCAAGCCUCUUCUGGAGGAGUUUGACGACGUCUCGCUGGCGCAACACUACUACCAGGAGGUAUCGAAUAUUGUGACGAGCCACCUGCACGUGGUGACCCAGUUGGCUGAACGUGAAUUUAGCGAAUUCGGGUACAUAAGCAAGAAACUGAUUUCCGUUGGUCUUAACCUGGAGGCGUUGAAAUGCCGCAUGGCAAGCGGUGCGCCUUUCCAGGAGGAGUUGAACACCGCUUUGAAGGACACAGAAAGCAGCGACUUGUCCAUCGUUGCAACGCCACUACACCAGGUGCAAUGCAUCCCGCCUGCGGCGAGGGUUCGCGCCACGGCCUUUGAACUUGCACGCGCCAUCGAGGAGGCAGGUAAAGGCACCCGGUUGCAGGAGCCUGUCCGCGGUUGGCUGGAUCUUUUGAAGUUUGGCACGUCGUUUAGUCCUACGAUGCUCGAAGCUCGGCAGGUUGAGGCACGGCGUGCGGCGAAGCAGUUUCUCGGUUACAUUGAGGGCGGAGAGCACCACAAGGCGUUAAGUCUGGCGGAGGAUGUGUACGCUAGGGCAAACCGUGAGGUUGGUGCCGCGAAUGCGGCGCUGCUUGAGCAGGCUUUUGAGGCGUUUAGGAACACUGUACUGCCGAUGAUUGCAUCGGACGUCUUCUUGCGGUACGCCCGAGCAUCACUAGACGCGUCUCGGUUUGCCUGCGUAGAGAAGAUGUUGAAGGAAUAG